AUGGCCAUCUCUCUUUCAACUGCUAUGGCCAUCUCUCUUUCAACUGCUAUGGCCGUCUCUCUUUCAUCUUCUAUGGCCGUCUCUCUUUCAACUGCUAUGGCCGUCUCUCUUUCAACUGCUAUGACCGUCUCUCUUUCAACUGCUAUGGUCAUCUCUCUUUCAACUACUAUAGCCAUCUCUCUUUCAACUUCUAUAGCCAUUUCUCUUUCAACUACUAUGGCCAUCUCUUUUUCAACUACUAUAGCCAUCUCUCUAUCAACUGCUAUGACCAUCUCUCUAUCUACUGCUAUAGCCAUCUCUCUUUCAACUACUAUGGCCAUAUCUCUUUCAACUUCUAAAGCCAUCUCUCUUUCAAAUACUAUAGCCAUCUCUCUUUCAACUGCUAUGGCCAUCUCUCUUUCAACUGCUAUGGCCAUCUCUUUUUCAACUGCUAUGGCGAUCUCUCUUUCAACUGCUAUGGCCAUCUCUCUUUCAACUGCUAUGACCAUCUCUCUAUCAACUGCUAUGGCCAUCUCUCUUUCAACUGUUAUGGCCAUCUGUCUUUCAACUGCUAUGGCCAUCUCUCUUUCAACUGCUAUGGCCAUCUCUCUUUCAACUGCUAUGGUCAUCUUUCUUUCAACUUCUCUGACCAUCUUUCUUUCAACUGCUAUGGCCAUCUCUCUUUCAACUGCUAUGGCCAUCUCUCUUUCAACUGCUAUGGCCAUCUCUCUUUCAACUGCUGUGGCCAUCUCUCUUUCAACUGCUAUGGCCAUCUUUCUUUCAACUUCUAUGAGCAUCUUUCUUUCAACUGCUAUGGUCAUCUCUCUUUCAACUGCUAGAGCCAUCUCUCUCUCAACUUGUAUGACCAUCUCUCUUUCAACUACUAUGACCAUCUCUCUUUCAACUGCUAUGACCAUCUCUCUAUCUACUGAUAUGGCCAUCUCUCUUUCAACUGCUAUGGCCAUCUCUCUCUCAACUUCUAUGGCCAUCUCUCUCUCAACUGCUAGAGCCAUCUCUCUCUCAACUACUAUGGUCAUCUCUCACAACUGCUAG